AUGCAUAAUUCCGUCAAUGACAACGGCUCGAACAUUUCAGAACUACUCCAACCGCUCUGUGUCACCUACAACCACACCACUUUCCCACCUCUGCGACUGGAAUCCAAAUCCCUGCUCACUUCAGCCACUAUGUUCGCCGUUGGAGUCCUGGGGAACCUCAUAGCCAUUGUUGUGUUGUGCAUUUCAAAGAAAGAGCAGAAGGAGACCACUUUCUAUACGCUGGUUGUUGGAAUGGCUAUCACGGACCUGUUGGGGACCUGUUCCACCAGCCCGGUGGUUAUCGCCACCUACAUAGCCCAGAGGUGGCCCGGCGGAGAACUACUGUGCGAUUUAUUCUCCUUCUCUAUGCUCUUUUUCGGCUCGGCUGGAAUGUCCAUCCUGUGCGCCAUGGCAGUUGAACGAUACCUGGCCAUAAACUACGCAUACUUUUACUCUCAAUACAUUGACCGGACAAUGGCGCGUUUCGCGCUCAUGGGCAUUUACCUGGCCAACAUUGUGUUGUGCGUCAUGCCCAGCUUUGGGUUCGGGAAGCACAUGCGCCACUUUCCGGGCACUUGGUGUUUCUUGGACUGGAGGGCGACGGAUCCCCUCGCCGCCUCGUACUCGUUUCUUUACGGUGGGUUCAUGUUGCUGUUGAUUGCGUUGACAGUUCUGUGCAACUUCGCAGUGUGUCUGUCACUUGUGGGGAUGAGCCAGAAGACGCGGAUAGUGAGAGUGAAGGUGUCCGCGCAAGGUGGCUCACGGCGCGGGUUCCUGCCCUCCGUCACCAGCGUGUCCGCGGCUGAGAUCCAAAUGUUCUGGCUGCUAAUAUUUAUGACCAUCGUUUUCCUGGUGUGCUCCAUUCCUUUAGUGGUGCGCAUCUUUGUAAACCAGCUGUACGGGCCUGCCUACAUCUGUGCUGGAGUGAAACCGGAUUACCACAGUGAUCUGAUGGCCAUCCGCUUCGCCUCAUUCAACCCCAUUCUGGACCCCUGGGUCUACAUCCUUUGUCGGAAGAACCUGUUGGUCAAGGGCUAUGGGAGGAUAAAGAAGACAGUUGGAAAAGUCAAGGCGGAGCCCGGGCGUCAUUUAGGCUGUGUUGGCAUUGGCAGUCAACAGUCACACCCGUCAUUUGAAUACAGCAAUGAGACCAGUUAUGUGUCAUUACGCACAACCAACUACAGAAAUGACUUGGAGAACCAGGUUACCACCAAAAGUAAAUCGUUUACAGACUUUACCAUGCGACAAGCCUGGGAAUUUGACAUGGCGCGGGACAACUUUCAUCCGUUUAGUGUCGACCAAACUGCCGUGCUCAGCUUCCAAGCGGAACUUGCUGUGGUGUCCAAACCGGCCAUGAUGGCGUCACUGCUCGGAGGCAGUAAGGCGCUUCCGGCGAAGUGCUCACCAGCAGGUGUCCGUAGCCAUGUCAGUAAAGUGGACAUAGUCACCUGUACCUUCAGCACACCUAGCUCCUGUCAGUCGGAGAAGUGCCUCUGAGCAACUGUAGGACUGUGGUAUCCUCUACAAAACAUGAAUGUUUUCACAUUGACUUUAACAGCAAAUGUCUGCGACCCAAGCAAACAGGGGACGGAUGUCCAGGGGACCAAGACACAACCUGUUGACGUUCCAGGG